GAGUCUAAACUUUCGAAAACCACGUGACGCACGUUUGAAAACGAAGUCGCACACGUCGCGUCGAGAACGUCUCUUGUGAAAUCUCUCCUUCUCGCGCUCGGUGUAAAACUCCGCGAACGCGGUUCUCGAUUCACGGAUUCACGGGUAAAUCGCAACUUCCAAAGUCGAGAGAUUCGCCGACGGGCAACGGAAAUUGGGAACUGCGAAAGAGGAAGGGGGAGGAAAAAAAAGGAGGCUGGAAGCGAGGAAGGAAGAAGUGGAGGCCGGGUGGGUCUUUCGAAGGACACACGUUGCGAUAAACGUACCGACGGUACUACUGAGAACUAUCUGCGACGUUUAGAAGCGAUACCCGAAAAUCUCCACAGCAUACGCAACUAUAGAUUUUUGGUAGCGCACGCAUAUUUCGGAACGCACUGCGCAGAGUGAAGACGUCCAAUAGGGAGAGGGAGAGAGAGAGAGAAAAAGAUCAGAGAAGAUCCUCGUGAUUUUGCUGCGGCUCGACGGUUAUCGGUGACGGUUUUUAUCAGUCCGCGAGAUUGGCUCCCGAUUGUGUGCCCAAAAGGAUUGUUCGUGUCGCAUCGAGGGCGCAGUUGCGCCGUUCGUUCGUCAACGUAUUGUCGUUUUGCCGCCGUCGAUCGAGAGAGUAGUGGAGGCUGCAACUGCUGCAAGAGCCCACGGAAGAGACGCGGGAGCGUGCGAAGCCGGCUGGAUAGAUUACGUGCGCGCGCGCGCGCGCGCGGUCGCUCGAUUUCACGCAAUUUCACGCGAGGUGAGUGAAGCGAGAAAAGUUCGUUGCAUUUCUCGUAGUUGAUUGCUACCUCCUCGAUAAUCCCACGACCAGCGCGAGAGCUAGCGCGGCGGCUCGGCUAAAGGGCAAGGCGACAAGGGCGGUCGGCGAGCCGGCGAUCUAAUCGAAGCUGAAUGGCACCGCGCAGGCAGGCGAAGAAGCCGGCGGCGGAGAGCGUCGCGGUCGCCGCUGCCGCCGACGGCAACGCGUCGCCGCCGAAGAAGAGGAAAAUGGCGAUGAAAUCGACGGCAGCCGCGGACGGCGAGCCGAGGCAGGGCAGGAGCCGGCUGGCGAAGACGGCCGCUAAGCGGGAGAAUGAAGUAGCAGCCGGCAGCGAGCCGGCGAGUCCGCCGAAGAAGUCACGCGGUAAGCAGCGGAAUGUUGCCGUCGCCAGUCCCGUUGCCACAGCUGCGAAAAAUGACACGAAGAGUAGGUCUAAAAGGCAAACCAAGAAAGAACCGGAGAAUCCAGCGGGCGAGGAGGUAGUCGAGAAGAAGACUCGCGGCGGGAAGACCGCAGCAGCAACGGCGGAAAAGACGGGGGCUAAGGCGAUUCCCGCGGCGAAGCCGAAGGCCAGGGCGCCGGCCGUCAGGAAACCGAAGACGACCACGGUCGAGAAUGGAGAUAUUAAGCAGAGCGCCGUCAGCCCGGUGAAAAGGUCAACUCGUCGCGGAAAAGCUGUAGAGGAGAGCAACGCGACGGCACAGCCUGCUCCUGCGAAAGCGACGUCUAGGAAGCGAAAGAAUCCACAGCCCACAAAAGCUACUGCGAAGGCACGGGUCACCAAGGAGAAGGAAGAGGAAGAGGAGAAUGAAGCGAAGGAGAUCGUGGCUAGCAAGAAACCUCGCAGUAGAGCAAAAGAAAUGGAAACUAAUGAUGCACCUACAAUGACCUCCAAGGGAAGAUCCAAGAAGAAUCUGGCAAAAGAAACUGCUAAACCAGAGGAGGCAGAAAUCAAAAAACAAAAUGAAACUAAAAAGGGAAAUGCAAAAAAAGGUGCUUCCAGACUUAAUGCUGUGGCAGAAAAGGUCAAUGAAAUAGAAGAGGAGGCGGCACCUGAAUUGGCUGCGGAAGAAAAUGGAGAAACACACACAGCAGAACUUAAACAAAAGAAGAGAAAUGCAGGAAAAGUGAAUGCAGUGGCGAACGGAAAAGUUGAGACAAAGGAAAAACAGAAGAAAGGACAGAUGGUUACUGCACCUAUUAAUGAGAAAGAAGCGACAAAAGAUGCAACUGUGGAGAUAACAAAUGAAACAAAUACAUCAUUAAAGAUAGUAGAUGAAUACGAUACAAAAGAUGUUUCCUCCAGCAAAGAUGAUAAUAUCUCGCAGAGUGAAGAAGAAGAGAAUGAUGUUAAUAAGAGUGCAGACUCGAUCAAUAGUGAGACAAAAUCCAUAGAUAAUACGUUUAACUUAGAGAUACCAAGUAACGAAGUAGGAAGUUCAGAAUCUUUACUGCAUUAAAAAUACAGAACUGUUAAAGAAAAAUGAAAUGGCAAGCCACAAAUUUAAAGAAGAAAUACCACAACAAUAUUUUAUAUUUGACUAAUAGACACACGAAGAACUGCGCUUAUAUUGAAAAAAAAAGGAAAAUGAAAAAUAAUCUGAAUUUUAAUGUAUUUGUCAAACACUUGCAGCAUAAAUGAGUCUUAAAUCCUUGAUCCCUCUGCAGUCAGAGUUUAAUGUGAUUUCAGUAUCGGAUCAGAUAUCUUAAUCAUUUUAAGGAUAUUUAUUUUUUUUGUGAGAGAAGGAUGUGUACUAUUUCACACGAAACUUUCACAUCAUCAGCAUUGUGGUAUAAGGGUUAAUAGGGUGUGAUGAAAAAAUGUUACCGGAAAAUAUUUCAAACGAAACAUAUUUUUUUAAAGAUGUCUUUUAUCGAAGAUGUUUAAUAUUGAAUUUUCAGCUGUAUAUCGAUAACAUGUAGUGCCAUAAGAAAGUUUGAUAGGUCUCGUGCGAAAUUCUUGAUUCCUAUUUGGGCAGCAUCUGCUAAAGUCUAAAUAAGAAAUCAAAUUUAUUAUGUAUAAAUAAUAAAUACUUGUAUGUAUAAAAAUAAUACUAAUUAUAAUUAAUAUUAGUAUUAAUGUUAAUAUUAUUAUAAUAAAUAUUGUUAUCGAGCAAAAAUUUUCUUGAAUGAAGAUACAGGCAAUAAAGAGUUAAACAUCUCAUUGCUGCCCAUAUAGGAGCUUAUAGUACAUUACACAUAUUUUUCUAAAGGGAUAACAAAAAUACUUGUAACACACACAUCCACACAUUGUUUCCAUUCUCUAGUCUUAUAGUUUUACUAUAUCUUGCGACAUUCUUAUUGAUAACCAUGCACUUAAUCUUUUUUUUUUUAACAAGAAAAUUUUGAAUUUGUAGCUUCAAAAUUUUAUAAAAUAAGGAAGCUUUUUGAUAUUAUAAACAGAUUUUGUAUUUUGUUUACUGUUAGACAACUACAAUUAGAAUUAUCUUUAAAACUUGAAUUGUCUUUGGGUGCGUUCAAAUCAGUGAAGUAGUUUUUUUAUUUCGCAAAUAAACUGCUCGAAUAAAUAGCAGCUCGUUCAUCAUUGAACACGAACUAAUUUUUGUGCGAAUAAAUUAUAUAUUAGAAAAUAUAUUUUCACUAAUAUGGAAAUUGUUAUUCUCUAAUGAUGCGUUCGGCUACAAAUUAGCUAUCUGUUUUGCUGAAUUAAAUGAUCCCAUUAAUUAAUUAAUAAUCAGAAUACUUGUACUUUUCAAAGAAGACUACAUAAUUCCAGGUGAAUUUUGACAACUUUUUACAUUUUGUACAAUUACAUUUUUGGAUAAUUACAUUACAAGCGUUCUGUUAAAUAAUAAUUAUAUACGUAUGAUGCAUUUACUUCCAUUCAGAUAUUUAAUAAUGUGCGGUAGGCGUGUGUUUGUUUUUACAAAUGUUAAUACCCCUUACACUGUAUUACUAUUCUCCAUUAUAAACAUUUUCUUUUCUCUUGUAGAAUAAAUCGAUUUUGCGUUUAUA